GUAACCGUCGUAAACUUUACAACGUGAAAGCAAAACGUGAUAAGUUCAUUUAUCCAAUCAUGGAAAAAACAACGCAAGAGAAAGCUGAAGUGAACGGAGAAGAAUGUCCGGACGAUGAACCAGUGAUAGAAGAUGUCGCAGAUGGAACUGAAACCAAGAAGAAGAAGAAAAAGAAACGAAAGAAGAAUAAAGGUGGUGGAGCUGCAACAGAAAAUGUAGACAUUGAGGAAGUGACUGACCAGAUGGACAAACAGCAGCUUACAAAUGGUGGAGACGCUGAAGCUGUUCAGUCAACAGCAGACAAGGAGACACAAGAUGGGGAGAAAAAGAAGAAGAAGAAAAAGAAGAAAGCAGCUGCUGCCAAGCAACAGACAGAUCCUCCAACAAUACCAGUAACAGAGCUCUUCCCAGAUGGCCGAUUCCCAGAGGGAGAAAUUUUGGAUCACCCUAUUGCUGCUAAUGAUCAAACUGCCAAGGACCGGUUCACCAGUGAAGAGAAACGAGCCUUGGACCGUGCCAACCUGAAUCUGUACAAUGAAGUUCGCCGCGCCGCAGAGGCACACAGACAGACAAGGCGGUACAUGCGUAACUUUAUCAAGCCGGGCAUGACGAUGAUUGAGAUAUGCGAGACUCUGGAAGGGAUUUCCCGCAAGAUGAUUGGUGAACAGGGGCUGGAGGCGGGGCUGGCCUUCCCCACGGGGUGCUCCCUCAACCACUGUGCUGCGCACUACACACCUAACGCUGGCGAUACCACUGUACUGCAGUAUGAUGAUGUCUGCAAAAUUGACUUUGGAACUCAUGUCAAUGGUCACAUCAUAGACUGUGCGUUCACAUUGACAUUUAACCCAAAGUAUGACAAACUCCUGGAAGCAGUGCGAAAUGCAACCAACACUGGUAUCAAGGCGGCUGGUAUUGAUGCGCGCCUGGGUGAGAUAGGGGAGGCAAUCCAGGAGGUGAUGGAGUCAUACGAGGUGGAGCUGGAUGGCAAGGUGUACCAGGUGAAAUCCAUACGCAAUCUCAACGGCCACUCACUGGGCCAGUACGACAUACACGCGGGCAAGACCGUGCCCAUCGUGAAGGGAGGGGAGCAGACCAGAAUGGAGGAGAUGGAGUUCUAUGCUAUCGAGACGUUCGGCAGUACCGGUAGAGGUGUGGUACAUGACGACAUGGAGACCUCCCACUACAUGAAAAACAUCAACACUGGACAUGUACCCCUCAGAUUACAGAGAGCCAAGCAGCUGCUGCACACGAUCAACCAGAACUUUGGUACGCUGGCCUUCUGUCGGCGGUGGCUUGACCGUCUGGGGGAGUCCAAGUACCUGAUGGGCCUUAAGAACCUGGUGGACAUGGGCGUGGUGGACCCCUACCCACCCCUGUGUGACAUCAAGGGCUGCUACACUGCCCAGUAUGAGCACACCAUCCUGCUGAGACCCACCUGCAAGGAGGUGCUCAGCCGUGGGGACGACUAUUAGGGAGUUAAGGGACCAGGGUGGGGAGAUGGGGAGCACCAUUGACCAUUUAUAACUACAUGUAGAUAGUUUGCUCUGAUUUUUUUUUGAGCGGUUGCAAAAAGAUUUACUUGGCCUUUCUAUGGGCUUAAGUUGAUUGUCAAAGGAUUCAAUAUGAAUUUCAGUGAUCAAAAUUAGCUCUAAGACUUAGCAAGCCUGAAGAUUAUUUCUUGAGACAAAGACAAAUUUUCUAUUCUCUAAAUGAAACUGAUAAUCUGAGCAAGACCAAUUCAGAAAUUACCAGUGCAGGGCUUGUAGGCUUUUGCUAAUUUUUCUCACUGAAAUUGAUUAGAUUAUGAAAACAUUUGCUGCUUUGUAACUGAAAUAUAAAACAUUAAAUGUUUCAUCAAUCCUUAAUUUGCCAUGUGUGACUGGUCAAUUUGUGUAAAUGUGUUUGUGUGUAGACAGAUUGCUGAUAUAGAAAAUAUCUAUACUUAGAAAUAUCUUGUGGGUUAACUAUGGCAUCACUUAUAUUUAUUGUAUUUUUUCAAUUUGGCAAAAGUCGAAAAUAAUGUUAACAUUUUGUUGAAUGAAUUGCAUUGUAAAUAUCAAAUCUUGGUUUUGAUUAUAUUACGAAUUGCGUUCUUUUCAACUUAAAAGUACAUACACCUUUAUGAAAGAGGGACAGGGAAUACAUUCAUUUAUUUAUUUUGUAAUUGUAUGUAUCUAUGAACAGAAUGUACAUGUGCUUUCUUCAAUAUGAAUAAAAGUUAUGAUUUAAGGUUUCUGCAUAUCACAUAAGUAUUAAUUAUAUUUAUAAUCCAAAGUUUAAAAACUAAUACCAUGAUAACAAAUCAUAUCUUUUAAUUGAAAAAAUAAUCUCUUUUUAAAAUGUGUGCAUACAUUUUGUAAAAUUUGAAGCCUGUUUGUUGUACCCAUUGAUAUUUAGUAGUUAUCCCCCGCCAUAGGCGUAGGGAUAUUGUUUUGGCGUUGUCCGUCUUUCCGUCCGGAGCCGUAUCUUGGAAGUGCUUUGGCGGAUUUCAUUGAAACUUGGUAUGAGUAUAUAUAUGGAUAACAGGAUGAUGCACACCAAAUGGCAUUGUACACCAUCUGUUAAUAACAGAGUUAUGGCCCUUUGUAUCUUAAAAAAAUGCUUUUUUGUGUCCGGAACCAUAUCUUGGUAGUGCUUUGGCGGAUUUAAUUGAAACUUGGUAUGAGUGUCCAGAAGCAUAUUUGCGGGGGAUAUCAAUCCAACGAAUUUGCUUGUUUUAUAUGGGAUCUUGCAUUUGUGUUUGUUAUUGUUAAGAACCAAUCGAAAAACAAAAGCUUAAAUAUAUCACUCCUCAAAGUAUGUGCUUUUUUAUUUUUGUUCACUUACAGAGCCGUUAUAAAGGGACUUUUUCGA